AUGCCGGAAUAUCCCCCCUAUUAUGACCUCCCUCGCCCGCGUCCUCGAUUUUGCAUCUUUCGCCCAGGAGGCCAAAUCGCACCCUUGAUUGCCCUCGAUGAACUGCCUUCGUGGUUCCAAGUGUACUGCAACCUUGGCGUCGACAUGAUCAUGGGGCUGCAGCCUGCUACGCUUACUUACAUUCCCCGCGACGGUGAAUACGAUGUUAUCUGCCACAAUUGUACUCCCGGUGUCAACUUGAACCAUACAAGCAGAUCCGAGCGAGAUGACGAUUCCCCGAAAUCGAUCGCCGCGCAAUCCAAGCCCUGCACGGGUGGUUUUAUCCCACCGAUUGCAGAUGCACUUCUACCGGGCGUUGGGAUCAAAGUUCCACUUGCGGAUCCUUUCCCGUUGAUGAGACAGCCGCUUCGCGAUCCGUCUAUGCAGAGCCCAUUUGGUGGGUUCUACACAUACAAUCUAGCUACUCUCAACGCAAAUAUUCUGGGGGCAUCAGCCGCAUUCACAAAGUCACUCGUCCUGCCCACCCAAUCGUCAUCUGCGUCGGAGCCAUUACCAGGAAUAUCCCCAGACUCUUCCAAGAGUUCCCAGCCAGAUGUAAAAGCAAGUGUCACUGCCUCGCUCGCGAAUAUCGCCCGCCGUGCUUCGAUCGGAAAACUGGAGAAAGAACAUCACAAUGGACCACCGGCGCCGAUAGACCCAUUUGUAAAGUCGCCAGCGGAGCUUGAAGCAAUUGCGGAUGCUAUCGCUGCAUCCAUCUGCGGGCAGUCUCCAGCUGAGAGUCUUGCCUCGGAGGUUUCUCUUACUGCUGCUGUUGAGUUCCUUAAGAAAAGGAAGGGAAUCACAUCCCCUUUCCGGGGUACAAGCCUGCAUCGGAAGAAGAGCUUGAAAACUGAAAAAGACUUCAAGACUCAUCUAUCCAUUGGGAAAGUUCACAAGGCUCAAAUUGCUGCUGGCAAACGACGCGUCAAAGGUCGCCGUCGCCGUACUGCAAGGGCGAAGAGGCGCAAGCCCAAAUCUUCUGGAAACAUUACCCCCGCACGGGGUAAACAGGAACAAGUCAACUCGGAUACGAAGCGACGUGACAGGCGGGAAAAAUUGCAACGGCGACAGUGCGAGUCAAAUUCUCACGGUCAUUACCACAAUAUGACCUGGAUUCCUCAUGGGCGGUCCGGCGUUGCCCAUCGUUGA